GAGAUAAACGUAUCGGUAUAUUUCAAAUAUAUUUGCUCCAAACAAAUCAGUAAUUUCAAGAAAAGAAAAAAAAGUACAUACAAUUUUCUUACACAAAUUUCAUAUUUAGAUUACAAAUGACACACAUAACAUACACACCAAACAUUCCCAAACCCCAACAAAAGAAGAAAAAUAAAACUAGUAAGAAAGAUAAACGGUACACUCAACAACAGUCUCAAGCCCAUCAGUGAACUGAUGCGGCUGAUUCUGCUGCGUCCCGCUAGAUCCUGUAAACGUCUUCAGAAUCGCGAAUCCCCUCGCAUUCACAUACUUUCCGGUACCUCCCAUUACUCCUAUAUGCGAUUCUGAUACCGCUGUUCUGAGAACCCCAAAGAAGCUUAUACUAUCUUCAUAACCGCCGCUUUCAAACAUCGCGGUGAAAGCCAUUGUCUGGCUAGUUCCGUCAAUUGCACUCGCCACAUAAUAUCCCUGCGCUUUCCCGAGUAAGCCAGAUCCGAGCUCAUGGCCUUCAGUUAGUUCAUCAUCGAUUACUGUCAUUGUCCCGAACAUUAGCAUCUGAAGAGCAGAACCGCUCGGGAGCUGACCGCCACUAGCAACAGGGAAACCAUUUAAAAUGUUGUUUCCGUUAUUGUUGUUCUGGAGAAUGUUAGCUGUGGUUCCGCCGAGUCCAACGAGGAAAGGGACAUUGUUGUUGUUGACAAUCCCAUUGUUGUUGUUGUUUGACGGAACUCCGUUGCUUACAGGAAGGUUUGCGCCGUUGGGUUUAGCAAAUGGAAGUUGCCCGCUUAAAGCCGGAUUUGCGACGACUCCAGUUACGGCUCUGGCAGUGGGAUUUGAACCACCGAGUAUAUCAUGCAUAAAAAAUACCAACGUAUUGUCAGGACCAGCACUUGCACCACCACCAAGAGCUGAACCAGAACCUGCAACACCACCACCAAGAGCUGGACCAGCACCUGCACCACCACCACCAAGAGCUGGACCAGCACCUGCACCACCACCACCAAGAGCUGAACCAGCACCUGCACCACCACCAAGAGCUGGACCGGCACCCGCACCACCACCAAGAGCUGGACCGGCACCCGCACCACCACCAAGAGCUGAGCCAGCACCUGGACCACCUCCAAGAGCUGAACCGGUACCUGCACCUGCACCAGUGGCUGAACCAGUGGUAGGCAAGGAACCUGAACCACCACCCGCUAAAGAACCAGGAACAGAACUGGCAGUUGGUAGAAGACCAGGACCUGAACCACUUGAUGGUAUUGACCCUGUACCUGCACCGAGACCGCUUCCAGUAGAACCUGAACCAGAUGACCCUGAUCCUGCACCAAAACCGAAUCCCGUGGAACCUGAACCACUUGACCCUGUUCCUGCACCAAAACCAAUUCCGGUGGAACCUGAACCUGAGCCAAGGGUGGUUGUGGUAGCUGAGAAUGCAUUUUCUUCAUCAAGAAGCCGAGCCGCAGCUGCAAAAGUAACAACAAGAGCUAUAACCAGUAAAGAAAGUAUCUUUUGACCAGCCAUUGAACAAGAAAGAUGAUCACUCAGAGAGAAGCAAAGAUUGUUGUUUGAAGUAAAUGAUUGUGAUGAUAGAAUCAAAUUCUCAAAGAGUAUAUAUACAUACAUGAAAUGAGAUAGUUAAUACAAGAAGAUGGAGUUGAUGAAAUGGAGCAGGUGGUCACUUUUUUCACAUUAUCUAGUGGUUUGGUUUUGGAGAAGAAUCAUAUAAAAGAAGAGAAAAAAUCAUAACUUCUCCACAAUAUUUGAAUAUUAGUUCCUCAAAAUUGCUAAGCUGUAAUGUUAAAUAACCCAAAGCUUAAAGCUUUUCCAUCUAUCU